UUUUUGUCCUAACAGUGUGGUUACAGGUUGAAGCCAUUAAUGUAGACAUUCCUCAAUCAAUGUAUGAGUUUGCCAGAGAUACCAACAUCACAAUACCCUGUACAUUUACAACAACAGUCCAACCCCCAAAAUCAGGUGUCAUCACCUGGUCCAGGAGGCCCACGGAUUCCACGGAUCCCAAUGUUCCGUUUGAAACAAUUUUGACCUUCUAUUAUCCCGACAAUAGCUAUGAUUUGUCAGCAGGAUUUGAUCCAAAACGGUUUUCCGUUGAUGUGGAUUUUCUGAAGGGCAAGGCUAACCUUCUCAUCAAUUUCCUCAAACUAGAAGACAGCACGUUAUAUGAGUGUGCUGUCCAGAUUCGAAGGGAUUCUGUAGGCAAGAAUGUGGAUACAACAAAUUUGGUGGUUUUGGCUGCUCCAUCUGAACCCAUCUGUGAGGUGCAGGGAAUUCCUCAGUUUGGCCAGAACAUCCAUCUCAUCUGUUUUUCUGAAGAAGCUUUUCCCGCACCCCAGUACAAAUGGCAAAGUCAUGAUGUUCAGAACAAUCUUCUUCUAGACCCUUCAUCUGUUGCCGGUAAGUGUUAUUGAACAAGGGUGAAGUACUUAUAGCUGUGCUCAUAAUUUCACAUGACCUGGAAAAAAUUAGGAUUUCUUGGUCAUUUGUCAUAAAAUAUGAAUGAUUGCACAAAAACCUUUUUUACACUCAAAAAAAGUGGUUGGGUAAAGCCAUUUAUAGUCAAAAAUGUACAGAAAUGUUCUAAAUGACUGUUUCGUCUAUGUUCUCUGUGGGCUGUAACUCCAUCUCUGUCUUCUUCUUGCUCACAGUUUCUAUUAAUUUUUUCCCUGUUGCAGUGGUACUAUCUAUCUACCUCUUUCUGUCCUUCUACCUCUCUUGACCUUUCUUUCUCCUCUGGCUGUCCACAUCUGGGAACAGUUUUUCUAUUACACA